CCCACUCUCCGAGCUAGAUCCAUAUUCUGGCCUAGUGACGGUGAAAUGCGUUCUAACGCUGCUGUUUCGUUUCUGUUGAAGCUCGUCACUCUUUUCAGCACAGUCCAAUAUCUACCUGUAGCUCAAAGAGAACUAGAAAUCAAUAAUAUCGAUGUAGGAUCCGGAACGCCGGACCUCAUCAAGAUCGAUUGUCCCAAUGAUCUGCAGCCAACAACUCAGCCUGUUUGCAUCGAGAAACUCUACGCUGCAGCCAUGACGUCGCCCAAGAUGUGGGCAGGAUCACACGACCAGCACCGUUUUGCCUUCAGCUACAAGACCGACGGUCCCUAUCUCAAUACAACAGAGUGGCUGCUGCCGUCAAGCAAAGGUCCCUACAAUCUUAUUGCGCAGAAGGGAAAUAUAUGGGAGCUAAACGUUAGGCAAGAAAGUGAAACCCUUUGUAUCGAUCGAUGCGAUGUGAAAAACGUGUCCUACCGUGAAAACUCAAACGACGGCUGGCAUAUUGAUACAGCGUUCACUGUUGCUGCAUUCAGCGACGCUCGCUACCGUCUCCUCAGUGCAGACGUCAACGUGAGACAAUGGGUGGAUGGAGAUCGAGACGAACGGUCCAAGCAGUUUGAUCUCAACGGUGAUGCUGUCGAAACCUGUGAAAGCGCUGCAAGCCAGUGUGUUGACAAACUCUAUGUUUUGUCUGUUAUUUCUGGAAAACAGCCAUUUGGCUUGAACAGGGUGAAAGGGCUCAAACUCAGAGUGUCCGAUGGUACAAGCAAUAUGACAGUAACGCUUCCCAAGCGUCACGGAGACCUCAAUGAUGAAGGUAUCAGAGCUGAGAUGUGGGAAGUCGAGUCCAAAUCACUGUCGUCUGAAUCUCAGUGCAUUAAAUUUAAUAGCGUCAAAGAGAUUGCCUUCACAACGACCGCGAGACACCGCGACUACCAAGUACAGUCGGUAUUCGUGGUCGCUCGGUUAAAUUCGGGCAAGUUUUCUUUGAUGGCUGCUUUUGUCGAUCCCAUUUCGUGUAAAGAAGUGAAUCGCUUCAACGAACUGAAGUUUGGUGUCUACAAUAACUGUUAGAGCGCCAAUAGGUAGUGUUUUUGAAGUCUGUAGGGAAUUGUGUCUGUGUCUGUGUAUGAAAAAAUGUCAAACAAACUUACAUUUAUCAGA